AAUUGUACAUUCUUAAGCAUCAAUAAUGGCGGCGAAACAAUGGAAAGCUCACUGCCUUCUAUUGGCUUAUCCUUCACAAGGCCAUAUCAACCCAAUGCUUCAAUUCUGCAAGCGAUUAGAGUUCCAUAACGUGAAAGUCACAUUCGUCACCACUCGUUCUUUCUGGAAACAAGCCACUAUCACUGAUGACUCCAUUAAAUCUGCAGAUUCCAUAGCUCUCGAGACCAUCUCAGAUGGGUACGACGAAGGAGCCGAUCCAGAUGUUAAGAACUCAAAGACUUACUCAGAACGGUUCUGGCAAGCAGGACCACCGACUCUGUCUGAGCUUCUUGACAAGCUUUUCAACAAUGGUUUGCCUGUGGACUGUGUUAUUUAUGAUAGUUUCCUUCCUUGGGCACUUGAUGUGGCGAAGAAGUUUGGGAUAUUUGGUGCUGCGUUCUUGACCCAACCUUGUUUUGUUAAUAGUGUUUACUUCCAUCUUCAUCAAGGGAUUCUGAAACUUCCCGUUAUUGAAGAGAGUAAGAUUUUGCUUCCUGGUUUGCCAGAACUUGAGCCUUCGGAUUUGCCAUCGUUCUUGUACCUGCACUAUGGCAUGUUUCCGAUCUUUUGGGACUUGCUGGUUGAACCUUUUGACAACAUUGGAAAAGCUGAUUGCUUGCUUUCCAACACUGUUUAUGAACUGGAGCCUGAGGUUGUGGAUUGGAUGAGGAAGAUGUGGCCAGUGAAGACAAUAGGACCAACAGUACCAUCCAUGUUCUUAGACAAAAGGAUCCAACACGACCACGACUAUGGUAUCAGCAUGUUCCAACCUAACAAGGAUCUUUCCAUGAACUGGCUCCACAAUAAGCCUCAAGCAUCCGUAGUUUAUGUCUCCUUUGGAAGCAUAACAACUCUUAGAGAAGAUCAAAUAGAGGAAAUAGCUUGGGGUUUGAGACUCACUGGGAAUUAUUUCUUGUGGGUUGUUAGGGAAUCUGAACAGGCCAAGCUUCCUAAGAACAUCCAAGAAAUAGUUUCAGACAAAGGUUUGAUAGUGGCGUGGUGUGAUCAACUAACAGUACUGUCACACGAAGCUGUCGGAUGUUUUGUUACACACUGUGGGUGGAAUUCGAUUUUGGAAGCUCUGAGCUUAGGAGUUCCAAUGAUUGGGGUUCCACAUUGGAGUGAUCAGCCUACAAAUUUGAAGUAUAUUGUGGAUGUUUGGAAAGUGGGUCUAAGAGCUUCCAUGGAUGAGAAAGGAAUUCUUAAACGAGAAACGUUGAAACAUUGUAUCAAAGAAGUAAUGGAGAGUGAAAGAGGAAAAGAGAUGAAGAAUAAAGCCAUCAAAUGGAUGAAUUUGUUCAAGAGUUCUAUGGAUGAGGAGGGAAGUUCAGAUAAAAAUAUUGCUGAAUUCGUAGCUAUGAUUUCUAAGUGAUUUCUCAAUAUAUAUAUCAGUAAGCUAGGUUACUAAUAUAUCUUGAGAAAUCACUCGACCAAUGUAUAUCAGUAAGCUAGCUAGGCUUUGUAGUUAUAUAAAUUUUAUAAGCCAUGUAGCAAGCACUAGUAUGAAAGUAAUGUAUUGUUUGUUAGGAUACAAGCAAUUAGAUUUUAUACGUUUAUGUUUGAUAUAUUAUUUAAUAUUAUCAAGUUAGAUUUUAA